AUGGCAGUGAUAACAGGAUUCGGUGGUGUGAAUUUAUCGUCGCCAGAGCAUAGAGGUCAACUGAACCUCUUGACUGUAAAAUUGGGAGACAUAAGAUGCAGUAAGUAUGAUUCAGUGACAGCAACGAUUCAAUUUAUUCAGACAACAGAUGUUAGCAAUAAUACUGUCUGUCAAGUGCUUGUUAAGGGUACUUCCGCUGAGGGAUUUCCCUCGGAUAUUCCACCUAAAUAUGCCAGGCUUCAAAUGCACUUAUAUAUAUCAACAAAUUGA